AUGACUUCCGGGACGAGACUUCCUACAUGGAAGGAGAGAGAGAACAACAAGCGGAGAGAGAGACGGCGACGAGCCAUCGCGGCGAAGAUCUUCGCCGGACUCAGGAUGUACGGUAAUUAUAAGCUGCCCAAGCACUGUGAUAACAACGAGGUCUUGAAGGCUUUGUGUAACGAAGCUGGUUGGAUCGUUGAAGAAGAUGGUACUACUUAUAGAAAGAAUUUGCCGUUGAUUGCGGCGUAUGCUAAGGUGCGCAGUGCAUUUAGCAACGCAGUGAACACCAUAGAUUUUCUCAGCUGUGUGUCCAAGAGAACUGAAACCACUGCGUACCAGAUUGUCGUUUUGACAGCAUUGCCCCUCACAAUUUCUGCAAUUCUCUUCCCUUGUCCCAGUGUCAGCUUUUACGUUCCCAAGUAUGAGAUGUCCAACUCUGAGUGUGAUCCUGUUGGAAGUUACAUGUCAAAUGCGGGAGGCAAAGAUGAAAUCUAA